GUCUGCCACUGGUCCGAGAUGCCGCUCCAGUUCAUCAAGAACCUGGACAAGUACGAGAAGCACGAUGCGCUCGUCUUUCACUCCCUCGACUACAACGAGAUGUCCGCCCUCAUCUACACGCGCCAGCUCCGCAAGCUCGCCUCGUACUGCGUCCAGCUGCGCGCAGAGCCGCGCACCACCGACCAGCUGGUCGCUCUCUUCGAGGAGCGGCUGCAGCCGCUGCCGCAGGCGGGCGCGCCGCUCGACCUGCCCAAAAAGUCGAUCUUCGGGCUGCAGCAGCUGCUCUGGCUCGGCCUCUACGCGGGCGGCAUGCCGUCCGCCAUCUUCCCCGCGCUGAUGGUGCCGGUCUUCGCCGCCCUAUCUCUCGUGGAGGCGUGA